CGCACUUUUAACCCUGCGCCCUUUCAUCUGGACCAUCACCCCAUCCUCGCCUCUCGUCCAAUCCACCCAGAUUUUCCAGAAAUAAUGCGUGAAGUCAUCUCUGUCCAUGUCGGCCAAGCCGGCGUUCAAAUCGGAAAUGCGUGUUGGGAGUUGUACACUGUGGAACACGGUCUCAGUCCUGACGGUCGUCUGGUCGAAGGAUCCCCUUCUGCUAAUGAUGAUGGCUUCAGCACUUUCUUCUCGGAGACGUCCUCGGGCAAGCACGUCCCGCGGUCACUCUACAUUGAUCUGGAGCCGAAUGUGAUCGAUGAGGUCAGAACGGGCACUUACAGGAGUCUCUUCCACCCAGAGACCCUCGUCACUGGCAAGGAAGAUGCCGCCAGCAACUACGCCCGUGGUCACUACACUAUCGGCAAGGAACAAAUCGAUGUAGUAAUGGACAAGGUUCGCCGUCUUGCAGACAACUGCAACGGUCUGCAAGGGUUCUUCGUUUUCCACUCCUUCGGUGGUGGAACGGGCUCCGGUUUUGGUGCUCUUAUCUUGGAGCGUCUGUCAACCGACUACGGAAAAAAGUCAAAGCUUGAGUUCAGCGUGUACCCCGCUCCAACCAUGGCUAACUCUGUGGUUGAACCUUACAACUCGGUGUUGACGACGCACACUACCCUUGAGCACUCCGAUUGUUCAUUCAUGGUGGACAACGAGGCAAUUUACGACAUCUGCAAGAAGAACCUCAAUAUCACGUCUCCUGGCUUCACGAACCUGAACCGAUUGAUCGCACAAGUUGUUUCGUCCAUAACAGCGUCUCUACGCUUUGAUGGGUCAUUGAACGUUGAUUUGAACGAGUUCCAGACCAAUCUUGUUCCUUUCCCGCGUAUUCAUUUCCCUCUUGCUACCUUCGCACCCAUCAUUUCAGCAGAGAAGGCACACCAUGAGCAGAACUCUGUUGCUGAUAUGACCUUCUCGUGCUUUGAGACGGGUAGCCAAAUGGUGAAGUGUGAUCCCCGAGAGGGCAAAUACAUGGCCUGUGCUCUCCUCUACCGUGGCGAUGUCGUGCCUAAGGACGUCAACGCAGCUGUCAGUGUCAUCAAGACAAGGCGUACGAUUCAAUUUGUUGACUGGUGUCCCACUGGUUUCAAACUUGGUAUCUGCAAUGAGCCACCUGCUCACAUUCCUGGUGGCGACCUUGCCAAAGUCUCUCGUAGCAUGUGCAUGUUGUCAAACACGACUGCGAUUUCAACAGCAUGGAGUCGUCUCGACCACAAGUUCGACCUUCUGUACUCAAAACGCGCCUUUGUUCACUGGUAUGUUGGUGAAGGUAUGGAGGAGGGUGAGUUUUCGGAAGCUCGCGAGGACCUCGCUGCCCUCGAAAAAGACUAUGAGGAAGUCGGUAUUGACUCUGCUGAUGUUGAGGAAGCUGGCGAGUACUAAAUACACGUAAUCCCUCUUUUAUCCUGGUUCUCGGAAGUUCGUUCUCGCAUAAUUUCUUUACUACUGCCAUCAUGAUUUACGUAUACCGUCCAUUAUAUCCCGCUUGUCCUUGAGGUUUUACGCAUUUUACCUGGAACAUGAAUCACGAAUCACAUUUUCUGUCUAUUCGGACCGUCUAAAGACUAGAAGUCUGGAAGUGUCAAAAGGCCGGACGAUGGUCC